GCGGCUACACGAGGGUGCCCCGCCCCACACUCUAGCCGGCCGUGGGAGGAGCGCAGCGACGGCUGGGCGGCCCGUGGCGAAAGUGCGGCUGCGGAAGCGCAGCGAGGCGGGCAGCGGCCGAGGAGGAAGCAGGGGGAGGCGGCAGGAGCUGCGGGGCCGGGAGGACGCCAUGGGCCGCCUGCACUGCACGCAGGACCCGGUACCCGAGGCUGUGGGCGGCGACAUGCAGCAGCUGAACCAGCUGGGCGCACAGUUCUCAGCCCUGACAGAUGUGCUUUUUCACUUCCUCACUGAGCCAAAAGAGGUGGAAAGGUUUCUGGCUCAGCUGUCUGAAUUUGCCACCACCAAUCAGAUGAGUCUUGGCCCCCUCAGAAGCAUUGUGAAAAGCCUCCUCCUGGUUCCAAAUGGUGCCUUGAAGAGGAGUCUCACAGCCGAGCAGGUCCAGGCUGAUUUCAUAACUCUGGGUCUUAGUGAAGAGAAAGCCACUUACUUUUCUGAAAAGUGGAAGCAGAAUGCCCCCACCCUUGCUCGAUGGGCCAUAGGUCAGACUCUGAUGAUUAACCAGCUUAUAGAUAUGGAGUGGAAAUUUGGAGUGACAUCUGGGAGCAGCGAACUGGAAAAAGUGGGAAGUAUUUUUUUACAAUUAAAGUUGGUGGUUAAGAAAGGAAAUCAAACUGAAAAUUUGUACAUAGAAUUAACCUUGCCUCAGUUCUACAGCUUCCUGCACGAGAUGGAGCGAGUCAGAACCAGCAUGGAGUGUUUGAGCUGAUUUCUGUCGCCUUGCAUCUCCACCUUCCCCUCUUCCCUGCCUCCUCUUCACUGGGUCACUGCUCUGAGGGGCACCUCACUCACUGAUUUGGCCCUGCUUGCCUCUUGGGAGCCCAGGUGCAAAGGUUUCUGAAAAACAACAGGAUUAAGUACUUAAGAGCCCUACGCCAUUACCUGUAAACUCUUUGUUAAGGGAACCUCCACCACCUGUCUCCCAGGACACUUGUUAGAUAUUCAAACAGACUAUUGCCUCUCAGAUUCAGGGAGGAAAUAAGCUGAGUCACCACCCCCCCAUUUAAAGUUCCAGAGUAAAUACACGCUGAUCACCCUCCCCCACAGAAAGCGAGGGCUUGUUUAUGGCUGGGGAAGAGGCGGACUCUAUGAAUGACACACGUGGGGCGUCCACAACAGAUUUCUGUAUUCUAUGGUCGUGACUGUAUUGCAUUGCUAAUCAGUUCUUAGUGGGGCAUCUAUGUAUAAAUACAUGCUUGGUCUACUCUGAAAAGAACCAAGGCUAAACUCUGCCUUCAUUUCCGGUUUUGCCCUGUUGUGUUUUAAGGAGGCGGGCCUUUGAUGCUGUUUUAGCCUGUUUUGAUUCAAGCUGACCACCUCUGUGGGUUAGAUGAUGAAUAAAAAACGGCUCUGAAGAAAA